AGCCCGGAUCAGACCGAGAGAUAAAAGCCCCGAUGGUGAUCGUGAGUGAUGGCAAGAGGAUUUAGCCUCGGCAUUAACUUGGAGCGUCGUGCAGGGGGGCAGUGAAGCGCCCCGCCAUCUGGCCCGCCUGCGCGGGGGGAUGCCCCGGCGCCCCGACGAGCAGCCGCGAAGCCCACCCGGGCCGGGGGCCGCUCGCUGCCCGAGCGCGGGUCCUCUCCGCGCCGCCCAGGGGGGCCAAAAAGUUUGCACUUGUUAGAGGCGACCUCCCGCUCGGCCGGGGCGGGCGAUGCGGGCGGCGCGGGCGGCCCCCUCCCCCGGCCCGCGUCUCCGGGACGGCUGCGGGCGGCCCCCCCGGCGGCAGGAGGGCGCCCCGGCCCCGAUCUGACGGCCGCGGAGGCACCGCGGCGGCGGGAGCGGCGCGGGAAGUGCACGGCUCGCCGCCCUCCGGCCCUCGUCCCCAGCCAGCGCCAGCCGGGGCGGCGGUCCUCGGCCUCCCGGGUCUGCGGUCCGGGAAGCCGCUCCGAGCGGGGAUGAAAGACAAGCCAGGCUGCCGGUACCUGGAUGGAUUGAGAGCUGAAGUCUCAGAAACUUCGUAACAAGUUGCUGAUGGCCACCGGCCAAGGCUGGAGGGUUGUUUUGCAGUUGUGUUGAGCACAUCACACAUUAAGGGCCCUUUAAAGACCUGGAUUGAUUGGAAGGACAAAAAUUAAAAGCAAUCUGAUCCAACCUCUUGCCAGAUCCCUGCAGAUUUUCUCCCUAUCCCAUUUCCAUCCACCGUCACAAUUUGAGAGUCCUCCUGAUUUGAUCAGAUUCGCCUCUGGGAGAGGUGUAAAUGCAAGGUUAGGAGGACGUGGAGUUACAGGCGACUUUUUGAUCUGCCCAUCAGCAGUCUGAGAAACGCUGGCUCUGAGUUUUCUGUGUUGGCCUUUUGGAAAAAACAAGUUCCUUGCUGUUUGCAACCUGGCAGCGCUCAAGUCCCGGGGACAUCCGGCCACCACUGCCUGGUAGAUGUGGCGUUUCCAUGCUGAGGCCCCGAGUCCCGCCUGCCCCAGCUGCUGCCUCUCCAGGGCCUCUCUGGGCCGCGCCCUGCGGCCUGCAUAGCCAUGCUGCGCCUGCUGGCUCUUCUCCUGUACUGCCUCCCACUGGCCUCUGGGGACUACGACAUCUGUAAAUCCUGGGUGACCUCGGAUGAGGGCCCCACCUGGGAGUUCUACGCCUGCCAGCCCAAGGUGAUGCGCCUGAAGGACUAUGUCAAGGUGAAGGUGGAGCCCUCGGGCAUCACAUGUGGAGACCCCCCUGAGAGAUUCUGCUCCCACGAAAACCCCUACCUGUGCAGCAAUGAGUGUGACGCCUCCAACCCUGACCUGGCCCACCCACCCCGGCUCAUGUUCGACAAGGAGGACGAGGGGCUGGCCACGUACUGGCAGAGCGUCACGUGGAGCCGCUACCCCAGCCCGCUCGAAGCCAACAUCACCCUUUCGUGGAACAAGAGUGUGGAGCUUACAGACGACGUGGUGGUGACCUUCGAGUAUGGCCGGCCCACCGUCAUGGUCCUGGAGAAGUCCCUGGACAACGGGCGCACGUGGCAGCCCUACCAGUUCUAUGCGGAGGACUGCAUGGAGGCCUUUGGCAUGGCCGCCCGCCGGGCCCGCGACCUGGCGUCCUCGGGCGCCCACCGGGUGCUGUGCACCGAGGAGUACUCGCGCUGGGCGGGCUCCAAGAAGGAGAAGCACGUGCGCUUUGAGGUGCGGGACCGCUUUGCCAUCUUCGCCGGCCCCGGCCUGCGCAGCAUGGACCACCUGUACACCAGGCUGGAGAGCGCCAAGGGCCUCAAGGAGUUCUUCACCCUCACCGACCUGCGCAUGAGGCUGCUGCGCCCGGCACUCGGGGGCACCUAUGUGCAGCGGGAGAACCUCUACAAGUACUUCUAUGCCAUCUCCAACAUCGAGGUCGUUGGCAGGUGCAAGUGCAACCUGCACGCCAGCCUGUGCUCCGUGCGUGAGGGCAGCCUGCAGUGCGAGUGUGAGCACAACACCACGGGCCCCGACUGCGGCAGAUGCAAGAAGAACUUCCGCACCCGGUCCUGGCGGGCUGGCUCCUACCUGCCGCUGCCCCACGGCUCUCCCAACGCCUGUGCGGCUGCAGGCUCCGCGGUCGGCAGCAUCAGCAGGUCCCGGGAAGACCCCCUCCCCAAAGCCUCCGUGGCCACCACAGCCGGGAGGGGGGGCCCUGCCACUCCCGGCCCCACCACAUCCACUGUUUGGGCCCCCGCAGCCCACAGCCCACCACGGGCCACAGGAACACAGGGCAAACUGCAAAGCCGGGAGAGUAGAGUCAGAGGCCAGAGCAGUGAGCCUAGAGGCGGCACAGAGUGGAUCAGACCCUCUACAGAUGCCCCUCUUGGGGAGAGCCCCCCCAAGCCCCAGGUGUCCUCCAGUGCAGAAGACUGUGAGUGCUAUGGCCACUCCAACCGCUGCAGCUACAUCGACUUCCUAAACGUGGUGACCUGUGUCAGCUGCAAGCACAACACUCGGGGCCAGCACUGCCAGCACUGCCGCCUGGGCUACUACCGCAACGGCUCCGCCGAGCUGGACGACGAGAACGUGUGCAUCGAGUGUAACUGCAACCAGAUCGGCUCCGUGCACGACCGGUGCAACGAGACCGGCUUCUGCGAGUGCCGCGAGGGCGCGGUGGGGCCCAAGUGCGACGACUGCCUCCCCACGCACUACUGGCGCCAGGGCUGCUACCCCAACGUGUGUGACGACGACCAACUGCUCUGCCAGAACGGCGGCACGUGCGUGCAGAACCAGCGCUGCGCCUGCCCGCGGGGCUACACCGGCGUGCGCUGCGAGGAGCCCCGCUGCGACCCCGCCGCCCACGGCGGCCUGGACUGCGACCGCGCAGCUGGGGCCGCCCCGCGCCCCGCCGCCCUGCUCGGCUGCCUGCUGCUGCCGGCGCUCGCCGCCCUCCUGGGCUGCUGAGCCCCCCGAGGACCCGCGACCGGGGAGGCCGGGGUACGCACCCUGUGCCGGGGCGCCGGGGCGACGAGAAGGGUGCGGCCGGAGCUGCUCCCAGGUGCUACUCAGCAGAGUCCAGACAGCUGCUCCGCCCCCCAGCCCCUGCCCCCGCCCUGCCCUGCCCCCCGCCGCCGCAGGGGGCGCUGCGGGGGCCCUGGCCCAGGGCCUGCACUUCGGGUCCUAGUUUCCUGUGACCUGCCGCCCUUUUUUUUUCCUGCCGGCGGUGAGAUGAGGUGGGCAGAAACGCUGCUCACCCUAACACCCCCAGGCCCUGCCUGCCGACACACAUACACUGCUGCGGACACCCGUUGCGCCUGUCCCUGGCUUCCCAUCAGCCAGCGGACCCCGAACCCCAGCUGCCUACAACUCUCCAGUGGCUGACUUGAUUCUCUUACAUAGUUUUUCUUUGCAGCCUUCAGACCCCGGGUCCUCGGAGGCCUGGUGACCAAGGAACUCAGCGUCUGGCGGAGGGAGUUAGGAAGGGAGGGUAGAGAGGGCCGGAUACUUUGUUUUGCAGAAAACUAUUUUUGUUUCUAUUAACCAUCCCCUCCAAGGAGGACCGUGGGCGGGCGCAGGUGGUUGAUGGCGUGUAACCCGGCCGAGUAAAGGAGUUGCU